ACUAUUAAACAGUACCAGAAGAAGAAGCCUCAAUAAAGUGAAAGUAAAAGCACUUAACAUCGUAUAAAUAGACCCCGUCUCGCAGGAUUCAAAACCAGCAAAUGCCUUCCUUCACAUCUUAUGUAAGUGAGCUGCUACCCUUGGCUGCCUGCUGUCGCUCCCUCUCCUUCUUUUUCUUAUUUCUCUUUUUACAGGGCAUUGCACUGCAACCACCAAGUAAUCAAAAUUUAUGAAAAGCAGAAAAGCCUGUAAAAUGAGUGCGAAUGAGGAGAAAGAGCAGCAGGUUUCUGUUAACACCCAGAGAACAGCAUCUCCAGGGCCCAGCUGUAUGUCUAUGAAGAGCAACAACUCCAUUGGUCUGCCCCCUGGUCUCAGUGAUGGACCUCCUGUGACCUCUGACCCUGUUAUCAGCAGCAGGACUAGAAAGAGAGCAGCAUCUCUAAUAUCUAGCUGUGCGUCUGUGAAGAGUAGCAACUCCAUGCAUCUGCCCCCUGAUCUCAGUGAUGGACCUGCUGUGACCUCUGACCCUGUUAUCAGCAGCAGAAAGAGGACUAGAAAGAGGACUAGAAAGAGAGCAGCAUCUCUAAUAUCUAGCUGUGCAUCUGUAAAGAGUAACAACUCCGUUGGUCUGCCCCCUGAUCUCAGUGAUGGACCUGCUGUGACCUCUGACCCUGUCAGAAAGAGGACUAGAAAGAGAGCAGCAUCUCUAAUAUCUAGCUGUGCAUCUGUGAAGAGUAACAACUCCGUUGGCCUGCCCCCUGAUCUCAGUGAUGGACCUGCUGUGACCUCUGACCCUGUUGGUUGGAGAGCUGACCAGAUCAGUCAUCAUGACACACAAGCAGAUCUGCAGCUCGAUUCUCACCAAACAGUGCAUGAUGAUCUUCAGAGAGUCAAAGACCAGCACAAAACCAGUAUGAAGAACAGGUAUGAGAGCUUAUUUGAGGGAAUCAAACUACAAGAGAAUCAAACCCUCCUGAACAGGAUUUACACACAGCUGUACAUCAUAGAGGGAGAGAGUGAAGGAGUGAAUGAAGAACAUGAGGUGCUACAGAUGGAGAAAAGUUACAGGACACUCCAAGACACUCCAAUCAACUGCAAUGACAUCUUUAAUCCUUCACCUGAACCAGGAUAUGAGGAGAAGAGAAGAGAGAAGAAUGACAAAAUAAAGACUGUUCUUACUAAAGGCAUCGCUGGAAUUGGAAAAACCGUCUCUGUGCAGAAGUUCAUUCUGGACUGGGCCGAGGAAAGAGCCAAUCAGGAUGUAGAUUUCAUGUUUGUGCUUCCAUUUCGAGAGCUGAACUUGAUUAAAGAUCAUCAGUUCAGUCUUCACAGACUUCUGCUUGACCUUCAUUCUGAACUUCAUGGUCUGGAUUCAAAGAUUUAUGAUGCAUGUAAAGUUGUGUUCAUCUUUGAUGGUCUGGAUGAAAGCAGAAUUUCACUGAUGUUUACAGACUGUCAGAAAGUUUCUGAUGUGACUGAGGUUUCUUCAGUGAGUCUGUUAAUGUCGAACCUCAUGAAAGGAGAUCUGCUUCCCUCUGCUCUCAUCUGGAUCACCACCAGACCAGCAGCAGCCAAUCAGAUCCCCUCCAACUACAUCAGCCGUGUGACAGAGAUUCAAGGAUUCAAUGACCCUCAGAAGGAGGAAUAUUUCAGGAAGAGAAUCAGUGACGAGCAUCAAGCCAGCAGAAUCAUCUCACACAUCAGAAGAGCAAGAAGCCUCCACAUCAUGUGCCACAUACCCGUCUUCUGCUGGAUCUCAGCCACUGUGCUUCAAAACAUCCUGAAACAAGAUCUCAGUGCAGAAAUCCCUCAAACUCUGACUGAAAUGUACAUCUACUUCCUGCUUAUUCAAACAAAUAUGAGGAACCAGAAAUAUGAAGAGAGAGGUUCAGGGAAACCCCUGCAGUCCAACAGAGAAGUGAUUGUGAAACUGGCUGAACUGGCUUUCAAUCAGCUGAUGAAGGGCAAUGUGAUGUUUUAUGAGGAGGACCUGAGAGAGAGCGGCAUAGACGUCACUGAUGCCUCAGUGUAUUCUGGGAUUUGCACUCAGAUCUUUAGGGUGGAAUCUGUGAUUUAUCAGAGGAAGGUUUACAGCUUUGUACAUCUGAGCUUUCAGGAGUUUUUUGCAGCACUGUAUGUGUUUUACUGUUAUUUACACAAGAACAGUGAGGUUCUGAAAAUGUUCCUGACAGAAAAGUCCAGAACUCAGAGUAAGAAUGUUUCUCUGGAUGUGUUUCUGAAGGGAGCAAUGAAUAAAGCCUUGGAGAGUAAAACUGGACACCUGGAUCUUUUCCUUCGGUUUCUUCAUGGCUUCUCACUGGAGUCCAAUCAGAGACUCUUACAGGAUGUGCUGAUACACACAAGGAGGAACCCAAAGAGCAUCAAGAAAAUAAUCCAAAACCUCAAACGAGGUCAAAAACAUGAUGUUAGUCCUGACAGAUGGAUAAAUCUGACACACUGCUUGAUUGAGAUGAAGGAUAAUUCUGUUGUUAAAGAAAUGCAGGCGUUUUUAAACUCUAAAACAAAAAUAAAAUAUCUUUCUCUUGCACAAUGCUCAACUUUGGCAAACAUCAUCCUGAUGUCAGAGGAGGUGCUGGAUGAGUUUGAUCUUACAAAAUACACAACCAAAUCAAAAGAUGGGAGAUGGAGACUGUUACCUGCUGUGAGGAACUGCAGAAAAGCUCUAUUGACAGGCUGUAAUCUCACUGAUCAUCACUGUGAAACUCUGGCUUCAACUCUACAAUCAUCAAACUCACUAAAAGAGAUGAACAUGAGUAAUAAUGACCUUCAGGAUUCAGGAAUGAAGCUACUCUGUGUUGGACUGAAGAGUCCAAACUGUCAACUCAACAUACUGAGAUUGGCCAUCUGCAAACUCACUGAUCAGUGCUGUAAAACUGUUGCUUCAGUUUUACAAUCACCAAACUCACUGAGAGAGCUCGACCUGAGUAAGAAUGACCUGCAGGAUUCAGGUGUGGAGCUGCUCUGUGUUGGACUGAAGAGUCCAAACUGUCAACUCAACAUACUGAGAUUGGCCAUCUGCAAACUCACUGAUCAGUGCUGUAAAACUGUUGCUUCAGUUUUACAAUCACCAAACUCACUGAGAGAGCUCGACCUGAGUAAGAAUGACCUGCAGGAUUCAGGAGUGGAGCUGCUCUGUGCUGGACUGAAGAAUCCAAACUGUCAACUCAACAUGCUGAGGUUUGGCUUUCACACUGAUUCAGAUUUUAAUUAAAAAAAUAAAAAAUCC